AUGGCUGAACCUGACCCAGCCUCUCCUGGCCUCGGCAGUGAUGCGGACGAUGACGAGGCGCUCCGAGCGGCCAUUGCCUUGUCGUUGCAGGAUCAGCAACAGGACUCGAUAUCACUGGCAACCAAGCCAGCGCACCAAGACCCGCAGCAAUCAGAAACGGCCUUUAGUCUGCUCUCCCUCAAUCGAAGGAAGAUGGAGGAGGAACGGCUAGCGAGAAUGGCCAGAAAACGGGCCAGGUCUCCCUCGGACGACGAGGUGGUCGAGGUGCCGCCACCCAGGAAAAAGUCGAUACCUGCGCCGAGUCAUCUCAAUGCAACAUGCACAGAUUCCAUGUUGCCAUACCCCAAUGGCACGGUCAAGCGGACCUGGGUUCGUGGCUAUCCUCGGACCGGUGACGACAUCAAGAUUGAGGAGGUGCUGCAGAAGGACAAGCUGCUGCUGGCCAUGCUGUCGUCGUACCAGUGGGACGACGACUGGAUAUUGUCAAAGGUCGACACGACCAAGACCAGACUUCUUCUCGCGGCCUUUGCAUCAGACGACCGACAGAAAGAGGCGAUGCGGGCCAAUGUGCCACCGCAUAUAAGGUUUUGCUUCCCGCGGAUGCAUGGUCCUGGGUCUAUGCAUUCCAAGCUGCAGAUUCUAAAGUUUGCUCAUUACCUCCGCGUCGUCGUGCCCACGGGAAACCUUGUACCCUACGACUGGGGGGAAACAGGUGUCAUGGAAAACAUGGUGUUUCUAAUUGAUCUACCACGGCUGGACAAGGCCGAGGAUCACAAGCCUACCACAUUCAGCCUUGAGCUCCAGCAUUUCCUACGAGCCAUGGGGGUUGAGGAGAAAAUGGUCGAUAGUCUCUCCGGCUACGACUUUUCAAAGACGGCCAGUCUUGGGUUCGUCCAUACCAGGCCAGGCGGACACAUGGACGAGUCCCUCAAGCGAGUCGGAUAUUGUGGAUUGGGAGCCACCGUGGCCGCGCUGGGGUUGGCAACUACGGUGCCCAUUGAAGUUGACGUAGCGUGCGCCUCUCUCGGAUCCAUUAAGUGCGAUCUCGUUGAGGCCAUGUACAACGCCUGCCAGGGGGAUGAUGGCAUGAAGGAAUACACCGAGAGGACAAGUCGCAAGCCUCGCGACAAGCAUCCAGGGCCAUCUCAGCUGCUCAAGGACCGAUUUCGCAUAUACUUUCCAGCAAACCAGACAGUAUGCGACAGCCGGGGCGGCAAGGCGGCUGCGGGUACCAUUUGCGUGCAAGCAAAGUGGUGGCGCUCACCAGACUUCCCGACUGAGCUGGUGCGUGAUUGCGUCAACACGAGGGAGGGGCUUCUCAUGCACAGCAAGGUCAUCUUCGUGCGCAAGGCCGAGGGAAGCACUGCGAAUCCGCAUUCGCAUUCGAAUCCGUGGGCGGGUUGGGCAUACGUGGGGAGCGCCAACCUGUCCGAAAGCGCCUGGGGUCGGCUGGUCAAGGACAAGAAGUCGGGCAAGGCCAAGAUGAGCUGCCGCAACUGGGAGUGCGGCGUGCUGGUGCCAGUUCACCGGAGCAGCAACCAAGGGAGCAACGCAGGCGACCUGGGCGUUUUUCAGGGCACGGUACCCAUCCCGAUGCAGGUUCCGGGUCGAGCGUACCGAUCGGAUGAGGAGCCGUUCUACGAUGGCGCCUGA